AUGAUAGCUAAAUUGCCUGAAGCCAGGCAAUUAGGUAUGCCACUGGAUUUUAGCGCUAAAGCACAGGAUACAUUUAUUUAUUAUGGUGGUAAGAAUUGUGAAUCAAUCUUAAGUCCAGAAUGUCAUGCCGUAGCAUACCUCACCAAAGAUGGGGGUGAAACUUUUACAGAAAUGCUUGAUAGUGCAAUUCAUUGUGAGUUCGCAGGCACACUUUUCAAAUAUCCGUCAAAUGAGGAGAUGGUUAUGUGCCAAGUAAAGGAAAAGUCUUCAGAAACGAGAAGCUUAGUUUCUUCUGUAGAUUUUUUCCACAGUGAUAAAACAACCGUCUUUGAAAACAUUAUCGGUUACUUGUCUACUGGUGGCUAUAUCAUUGUUGCCGUGCCUCAUGAAAACAAUGAGUUAAGGGCAUAUGUAACUAUUGAUGGUGCUGAGUUUGCCGAGGCAAAGUUCCCAUAUGGUGAAGACAUUGGGAAGCAGGAGGCAUUUACUAUUUUAGGAUCCGAGGAGGGAUCGAUAUUUAUACAUGUGGCAACAAACAUAGAAUCAGGACGCGAUUUUGGUAAUCUUUUGAAAUCCAACUCAAAUGGUACUUCUUUUGUCACCUUGGAGCAUGCUGUUAAUAGAAAUACAUUGGGUUAUAUAGACUUUGAAAAAGUUCAAGGUCUUGAAAGCAUUAUCCUCGUCAACAUCGUUUCGAAUAGUGACAAGGUUGCUGAGAAUAAGGAAGACGAACAAUUGAAGACGAAGAUUACCUUUAAUGAAGGUUCAGAUUGGAACUUUUUGAAACCUCCAAAGAAGGAUUCGGAAGGGAAAAAGUUUUCUUACGAUUCUGUAUCAUUAGAUAAGUGUUCUCCACAUUUUCAUGGCUACACUGAACGUAAGGAUAUAAGAGAUACAAAUUCUUCCGGUUCUGCGUUAGGAAUGAUGUUUGGUGUCGGAAACGUCGGGGAUAGGCUUCUACCAUAUGAGGAGUGUUCCACUUUCUUAACCACUGAUGGAGGAGAGACGUGGGCUGAAGUUAAGAAAGGCCCUCAUCAAUGGGAGUACGGUGAUCAUGGUGGAGUCUUAGUUCUGGUGCCUGAAAAUGCAGAAACUGAUUCUAUUUCCUACUCCACUGAUUUUGGUAAAACAUGGAAAGAUUACAAGUUCUGUGGUGAUAAGGUCUUCGUAAAGGACAUUACCACCGUUCCCAGAGAUUCUGCUUUAAGGUUUCUGCUAUUUGGAGAAGCAAAAAACAUGGGGAGUGGUUCAUUCAGAACAUACACAAUCGAUUUUAGAAACAUCUUCGAGAGGCAAUGCAAGUUUGGUAUUACCAGUAAAGAAAGCGCAGACUUUGAAUACUCUCCUCUGGGUUCCCAUAAUGGUUGUCUAUUUGGCCAUAGAACAGAAUUUUUACGUAAAACCGAUGAAAAGUGUUUUAUUGGGAAUGUUCCACUUUCUGAAUUUUCCAGGAACGUCAAAAACUGUCCAUGUACAAGACAUGAUUUCGAGUGUGACUAUAACUUUUAUAAAGCCAAAGAUGGUACUUGUAAAUUAGUCAAAGGCUUGAGUUCAGCCAAUGCUGCCGAUAUCUGUAAAAAGGAGCCAGAUUUAAUUGAAUAUUUUGAAUCCUCCGGCUAUAGGAAAAUUCCCUUAUCAACUUGUAAAGGUGGCCUGAAAUUGGAUGCCCAUUUAGCCCCACACCCUUGUCCCGGAAAAGAAUGGGCAUUCAAAGAAAAAUACCCUACAAACACCGGUGCUUAUGUAUUGGUGUUUGUUACAAUUCUUCUCGUUAUUUUCUUUGCCGCAUGGUUUGUAUAUGAUAGAGGUAUCAGAAGAAAUGGAGGGUUUUCAAGAUUUGAAGAAAUUAGACUAGGAGACGAUGGACUGAUAGAAAACAAUAAUACUGAUAGAGUUGCCAACAUCAUUGUUAAACUAGGCUUAUACCUUUCUUUAAUUACCAAGUCUGCGUUUCAGCGCCCGAAGGCAGGUGCAGCACACUUUUCUUCAAGAUUAAGGGCAAGUUUUGGCAACAGAAAAGGUCCUACUUACUCUUCACUGCUUCAUGGUCAGUUUUCAAAUGAAUCAGAUGGCUUGCAUCAAGACGCCAACGAUUUAUCCAGUUUCACAGAUCAAGGCAGUAAUUCUGAAAUCGAGCAAGAGGCUGCUCGCACACCUGAACAAGAGCGGACGUCACAGACAGACCAGCCUGUCACUAGCGACAUUCCAGACGCAUUGCCAGCACACAAGCCUGAUUCAACAGCUGCACGCAACGAGGACAAGUAA